CCCAGAGAUCUUUCAGUACUGAUCUCUUCUGCAGUACAAACAUUACUUUUGUAGAGGGUCUUAUUUUUCUCUUUUUUUAAAUUCCUGUUAUUUUAUUUAAUAUCUGGAAAGUGUGACACCAGCUACCAAGGCAUCCCACUCUUCUUUCAUACCCCUGGAUCUUUUUCUUCUUUCUUUCUCUGGGACCCCAAACUUUCUCAAUCUGGUACUUUCUUGAUCGAGAGCGCCAUCCUUCCCCUCUCUUUCCUGCCCCUUCUGUUUCUUUUUCUGGCUAUGCACCAUGCUGUCCUCCCCUACAGUGAUCCUUCAGCCCUACGGACUCCCUGUUUACCCCCAGACAGCUUCCUGCUACCCCAGCCUAGUACAGGGAGCCGCCGCCCAAGAGGCGGGGCCAGGCAGUGGUGACCCUUCACUUCCUCAGGUCUAUGCCCCACCCCCUUCAUAUGCCCCACCUGGUCAAGCUCCACCCACAUCUGCUGCCAGGCUCCCACCCCUCGAUUUCAGCUCGGCUCAUCCCAGCUCUGAAUAUCCCGAUCAUCAUCAUUUGAGGGUCUACCAGGGCCCUCAGCAGGAGUUACAGGAGUCUGUAACUGCCAAUAACACGGACAAUACUUUGGCUCCCGUAACAUCUGACCCGCAGUCUCUUAGUGUUUCCGUGGCAACUGGGAGUGGUACGAGUGGAAGUGAGACAGAGGGAGGUGGCAAGGCCCAGCCUAAAAGACUUCAUGUGUCAAACAUUCCUUUUAGGUUUCGUGAUCCAGACCUCAGGCAAAUGUUUGGGCAAUUUGGCAAAAUUCUAGAUGUGGAGAUCAUUUUUAAUGAGAGAGGAUCAAAGGGUUUUGGAUUCGUGACAUUUGAGAGUGCAGUGGAAGCAGACCGAGCAAGAGAGAAGCUGAACGGAACGAUCGUCGAGGGAAGAAAGAUUGAGGUGAACAAUGCCACAGCCAGGGUUGUCACAAAGAAACCUCAGACACCUUUAGUAAAUGCUGCUGGGUGGAAGAUAAAUCCAGUAAUGGGUGCCAUGUAUGCUCCUGAACUUUACACAGUCGCCAGCUUCCCUUAUCCUAUGCCCACGCCAACCUUGGCCUACAGAGGCUCCACACUCCGUGGUCGUGGGCGAGCAGUCUACAAUACCAUUCGGUCGGCUGCAGCAGCGACAGCCACACCCACCGCGGUACCAGCCUAUCCAGGUGUUGUAUAUCAGGAUGGAUUGUAUGGUGCAGAGGUCUAUGGAGGAUAUUCAGCCACAUAUAGGGUAGCGCAGUCUGCCUCAGCCGCUACAGCAGCCACAUACAGUGAUGGAUAUGGAAGAGUCUACACCACAGCAACAGACCCCUACCAUCACUCAGUUGGACCUACCACAACUUAUGGAGUUGGAACAAUGGCAAGUUUGUAUCGCGGAGGUUACAACCGUUUCACCCCAUACUAAACUGAAAGACUCAACUCACUGACUUGCAACCCACUUCCACCAAGAUGUUUUGAAAAAUGAUGAGACCUCCUUUUUCCUGUUCCAAUCCUAAACUGUUUAUGAUUGUAAAUACUGUGGCUCACAUCUUAUUUAUUGGAUGAAUCCAUUCUGAGAAUAUGCAGAAGUGUAUUUGUUGACUUUUAUUUAAGUCUGAAAGGAAACAAUACUUAAACCAAC